CACCUCGACUCCUUUCCCAGCAGCUGCAUCCCGCCCACAGCCUUCAACCCUCUUCGGCAUUUUCUGAAUCCCGCAACCAGAGACUGAGAGGAAUGCCGGUUUGAUGCUGCGGUCUUCACAAUGUCUGUACUCCUUGAGACCAGCGCGGGCGACAUCGUGAUCGACCUGCUGGUCGAUUACGCGCCAAAGUUGUGCGAGAAUUUCCUCAAGCUGUGCAAGGUCAAAUACUACAACUUCUCCCCGAUCCACUCGAUCCAAAAGUCCUAUUCCUUCCAGACCGGCGAUCCCCUCGGCCCCAUGGCUCCUCAAUCCGACGGCGGCACCUCCAUCUGGGGGCUUCUCUCUGGCGACCCAGCCGACAAGACCUUCACAGCCUUCUUCCACCCAAAACUGAAGCACCUCGAGCGAGGAACCGUCAGCAUGGCGACAGCCCCGCAUCCAUCCGACCCUGAUCAGCGCGUGGCCGCUUCGCAGUUCAUCGUGACGCUCGGAGACAAGACCGACUCUCUCGACGGCAGGGCAGCCAUCUUUGGCAAAGUAGCCGAGGGAUUCGACACGCUCGAGAAGAUCAACGGCGCCAUUGUGGACGACCGCGGCCAUCCCCUCGUUGACAUACGCAUCAAGCACACCUUCAUCCUCGACGACCCCUACCCUGACCCCCCCGGCCUGCGCGAACCCAGCAGCUCGCCGCUGCCAACCAAAGAGCAGCUCGCGACGGUGAGGAUUGCCGAGGACGAGGAACUGCUAGACGAGGAAGCCAACGAGGAAGCAGCCGCCGAAGCCGAGCGCAGGAGAAGGGAACGCGAGGCAGCCGCUCAGGCGCUGACGCUCGAGAUGAUGGGCGACCUGCCGUUCGCCGAGGUCAAGCCGCCAGAGAACGUGCUGUUCGUCUGCAAGCUGAACCCGAUCACGAACGAGGAAGGCCUGGAGCUCAUCUUCAGCCGCUUCGGCAAGAUCCUGAGCUGCGAGGUGAUACGGGAUCGCAAGACAGGCGACAGCCUGCAGUACGCCUUUAUCGAGUUCGAAGACAAGAAGAGCUGCGAGGAGGCCUACUCGAAGAUGGACCAAGUCUUGAUCGAUGAUCGGCGGAUCCACGUCGACUUCAGCCAGAGCGUGAGCCGCCUGAGCGAGGUGUGGCGCAACGAGACCAACGCCAAGCGAAAGAAGGCUGCCAUGCGGGACGGCGGCGGCUGGGGCGGCGUCAAGGAGUUGGAAAAGCGGCGCCAGUACCGCAACGAGCCUGUCGAGCUUGACGAAGGCCGGGGGUACAGGAUGGUCCACGGAAUGGAGGAGUUACGUGGCCGCCAUGACAAAGCCCCCGAGAGGACAGAGCCGCGUGGUAGGGGCUCGCCUCGUCGCGACGAGGGCUAUCGACGCCCAGAGCGUGAUCUCGACCGGCAUGGAGAGCGGUACAGGCCCGGGCGGGAUGGCAGGGAUCGCGACACGGAACGGCGCAGCCGAAGCCCACGGAGAGACCGCUAUCGAGAUCGCCAAUACGACCGUCACGACGGCGAUAGGCGAAGCCGGGACGAUCGUGAAUGGUCCCACCGUGAUCGACGCGAUCAUGACAGGGAUCGAGGGCGGCUGAAGGAUGGUGACAGGUACCAUAAACGUGGUGAUGAAAGGGGGAGGUAAUUUGCCGAGGCACCUUGGAACGCCUGCAUGAAACGUUGAGGAUGGUUGGUGCUCACAGCCGUCGGCUUUAGCGGCGGGGUUCUUCAUGGCUUGUUUGGACCACUGCCCUUGGGUAGGUUAUGGAGGAAGGUCCACGAGGGGCGGAACCACCUUCAGGACGACGCGCAAACCG